AAACUGUAAAGAAGCGUGAAAAGCAAAAACAAAAACGCAAAACAACAGAAGUAAAACACCCCAAAACGAUAAAGUUUAAAUUACCAUUUAUAGCGCAAAUGUAAAUGUAAGCACAAAUGGGGACAUUUUGAGAACGAACGCAUCAAGCGCAUGUUGUCAACUGUCCUAAAGCAACAGCAACAGGAACAGCACAACAACAAAAAGCAAAAACUAACUACAAACAAUAACAUAAAAACAUUGCCAUCUCACCAUUACUAAAUACUAUAAUCAACCUUAUUUCACUUACACAUCGCCAACGCGGACGCCGUAGCCUUCGACUUCGACUUCGACUUUGUGACUUCGCCAACGUCCAUCGUCAUAAUAAUACCAUAGAAGUGACGUUAAGACAGUGACCAUCAGCGUAACACUCGCAACAUAGUAUUGCUGCCACAUAAACAAACAUUCAAACAUACAUACAUGUACAUAAACAACACACUACAUUGAAUAUAACAGUAAGAAAGGCAAGAAGAAUUACCACACUCAAUUGUAUAGCCGCCGCAUUUGCCGCAAAACAAAAAAAAAAAACAUCAUAAAAUGUUGCAAGACACCAAUAGUACCGCCAUACAGCCAAAAGUCGUUGUAAUUCGACGACGUCCGAAUCAAGGUUUCGGUUUUACGCUGCGUCAUUUCAUUGCCUACCCACCGGAAGAUGAUCCCUCUUGGCCACAGGAAGCAUCUGAUCCGUACCACCACCAAGUGAAAGCUAUGGAAACCAUUUUCAUAAAAGAAGUUCAAACGAACGGACCUGCUCACUACGCCAACCUGCAGACGGGCGAUCGCGUUCUAAUGGUGAACAACACACCCAUCGCUGGUCUAACAUACAGUACAAUCGUGUCGAUGAUCAAACAAACGCCUUCAGUGUUGACGUUGCAUGUGGUGCCCAAGGAGUGCGACGUACUGCAGAUGCACUACACCAGCAUUGCGCACACACCAGAAACAAAUCGUCUUGCCACAGCGCCUCGACCCAUACCAUCGCCCGUAACUGUGGGCAAUGGUAAUGCAGCUGGCGCAUUAAUACCAAUCACACCAGCUGCUGCAUCUGCAUCUGCAUCUACUACAAAAUCAUUUUCACACCAACAGCAAUUGAUCUCAUAUCCACCGCUGAGCGGUGGCAAUGGUAGUGGUGGAGGUGGAGUUAUUGGCGCCGGAGGAAAGGCUAGUCGUUCGGGCAGUAUUACAAGCUCUGGUAGCAGUAGCUUCCGCCCCACACUGGUGGGGAGCGGCGGCGAAUUUGUUGAUAUGUCAUCGCAGGGACUGCACCAGCAUAGCGGACGUUUGCUGAUACGAGACGAUGGCGGCGGAGGCUUUCUGUCGCGCUCCCAACCGCCGCCCAAUUUGACAGUAUUAUCGCGACAUCAACAACAACAACAACAACACCAUCAGCAACAACAACACCAACUCUACCACUCACAAUCGGCUGCUAUUGCUGCAGCUGCAGCUAAUUCAGCCUUCUAUGCUCCCGCUUCGAGUGUCGGCGCUGUUGACACCAGCGAAUUGAUGAUACGCCUACGUGAGUCGAUCAAACAGAAAGAGGAAUUCCUUAAAUCACCGCUGCCACACACGCACGCCACAUUGCACAGCAUUCCCGCUGUGGGCCACACAGCCCAACAACAUUUCUUCCCGCCGCACACACCACCGUCGGGCAGCCCGCAAUUGUCUAUGGUGUCGACGACAUCCACAUCGGCCGGUUCAUCAGUGCUGAGCAGCAUAGGCGGCGGCGGGCCGACGACGGCGACACCAACGGCAUCGGCGCGUGGUCAGGUGCGUACACUCGUUAAGCAACCACUAUCGGCGACGUCCUCAUCGGCGUCCAGUACGCGUGAGUUGCUGCCCGCCAACGUCGUCAGCGCAGUUGAAAUGCAUCACUACUACGGCAGUGUAUGCGGCAGUGGUAGUGGCAAAAACCACGUCACGAAUGUCGGUGGUGGCGGCAAUUAUAUUAGCGUGGAGAGUGCGAUGAGUCGUGGCGGAGUGGCAGCAAGUGCGGCUGCAAGUGUGAGUGGUGGUGGUAUUAGAGCUGCGCCUGUUGGUAGUGCUGGUAGUGGAGAUUCGCUUGCAGCGCGACGAGCCGCAGGCAGCGGUAGUGCAGGCGCCAGUAGUGCGAAUAACAACAACGGCAUGGGUGAAAAAUACGCGAAGGAUUUGGAUUAUUUGGAAACGCUGCAAGAGACUGGUGUCACCAACAAAGUUUUCGAGCGUAAACUCGUCUCUCACCUGGCCAAGGGUUUUGAUCCCUUCCAACCGCUUUCCAUUAAUACAAACGCCUGUGUGGAGCCCAACACUACAGCCGGCAAUGUGGUGCUGAUAAAGAAACCCACAGUGCUCUACGAAUCGCUGCAACAUCAUCCGUUGCAUCAGCUACAGGUACAACAACUGCAACACACACAGCAAGCGCAGACGUCACAUGCGCCCAUGCAAUUGUCCAAAAUGCAACAACACCAACAGCAACAGCAGCAGCAUGUGACCGGCAGCGUUGUAGAUGGUGCGCAAUACAGCCGCAUGGAGAUACACAAGGCCAGUUUGGCCACGACGACCAUCGAUCAUGCGCCGCCAAAAUACACCAGUAAAUUACCGGAAGCUCUUGGAUCAGCAGCAACGGCGGCGGCUGCGGUGGCUGAACCAAAACCGGCACUCACUGAUAUUGCUGAAAGCAACGAGGUGCCAGUGAACGUCCAAGUAGCACCAACAGCUGCUGGCGCUUCCGAUGGCAGCGGUGGUGCAGCAGUGGUGCGUCGCUUUAAGCCGAUGUCCUCAUUUGAUGAUAGCAAACCGAUGCGACGCAUCUCAUAUCUACGCGCCACUAACAAUGAGGCCGACUAUUCAGCAUCGGACACGUCCAUCACAUCGCUGACGGGGCUGAAUAGCAGCGGAGUUGGUAUUGGCGCACCGCCACUCAUCGAAGUGACAUCUAAACAAUCAUCGUUCGAUGACGACGACGAUCCUACUUACGAUGUUGUAGCUGGUGAUGAACGCGAAACUAUACAAACAACUGCCGAAUUAUUGGCGGCUACGGCACAGCAGGAACAGUUGGAGCAGCAGCAACAGCAUUUAAAAGAUAGAGCGAGUGUCACUGCUGAGGCGGCAAUUGUGGCGGCGGUGACGGCUGCAGGUGUUGGUGGUGGUGCCGCGGCGGCUAUAAGUGAAAGUAGACGCGAAUCGGUGAAUAGUGAAAUACGAAAUAGCGUUCACAUUGACGAUGUAAUCGCAGACAUAAAUGGCAAAUUGGAGACAAAGGAUGUGGCUACCGAAAUGGAAGUGUUCGAAACUGAAAUGGAGAUUAAGUCGUCGUGCAUCAAUGGAAAGCGUCUCUCGGAUUAUCGUUCUUGGCGACAAGUGAAAAUCGAAAUCAAAGGCGACAUUCUACGCAUCUAUCCAGGUCGGAGUUGCAAGGAGAGCAAUAUGAUAGAACUCGAUAUUAGAAAUUUCAAAAUCUUCGAUGAAUCGGUCGACAAAAAGAAAUCCUACAUGUUCCGCAUGCAAUCGAAACCAACGCAAAUCGCCACAUUGGGCAAUGAGCUAAAUUUGGAUGAUGUACCCGAGAAGCUGACUUCGUCGGGUAGCAGUGCGUCCACAUCAGCAUCGCAUGUGGAGCCACAAUAUCACCAGCCCCAUCAACAACCAACUGAAAUAUUAUUCAAAACGAAAAGCAUGACGGAAAUGAAACGUAUUUUCGGCUUAUUGCAAUGGAAAAAUAGUUUAAUUUAUGACGAUAGUGAUCUACAAGGCAGGCAAUUGGCUGAGCCACAGAAAACCGCGGCUAUCUCUAGCAUGCCAACAGCAACAUACUGUGAUGAUAACGUACAACAACAGCAACACCUACACCAACAAUUACUACCAGAUUAUUCACCAUUAAGCACAACGUCACGUGGCGGCGAUUCAGAGAUCAUAUCUGAUUCGAUUUCGCCUGUGAUGAAAACGCGCAAAUCAUCUUCACACAAAAAUAUACCUGACAAAGAUUUAGGUUCACCAAAAGCUAAAAAUUGGAAAGAUUUAUUAUUUAGACGCGGUGGCGGCAGUAGUAGCAGCCACAAUGCGGAUAUUUCACCAUCAAGUCUAGCCUCUGGCGGCAAGACGACUGGUUCGAUAGGCGUGCCCUUAAAAGCGUGUCCGAUGUCUAAGAACAACGAAUAUGUGCCGCUUUUGGUAGACGUUUGCACAAAUAUUGUUGAAACGAAAGGACUCGGCGUCGUAGGUAUUUAUCGCAUACCUGGCAAUAAGGCUGCCAUUUCCGAACUAUCGGAGCAGGUUAACAAAUCGGACUUUUGCUGGGACCGUUGCAAUACCGACGUCAGGUGGGAAGACGUGAAUGUGGUGUCGAGCCUGCUAAAGCAAUUCAUACGCAAUCUGCCUGAUGCAUUGCUGCCAUGUUCCUUUUAUAUUAAUUUCAUUGAAGCCGAUAAGAAGACGGGCUUGGAGCGAUUGAAAGAUCUCAAGGAAUUACUGAGCUCUCUGCCGCCUUACUCAUAUGAAACACUGAAACAUUUGAUACGGCAUUUGAGUCGUGUGAGCAAGAAAUGUGAUGUGAAUUUGAUGGAACCAAAGAAUCUGGCAAUCAUAUUCGGUCCAUCGAUUAUACGCACACCAAACGAUACGCUCGAGAUAGCGGUGAAAGAUAUGAAGCAUCAGUGUCGCAUUGUAGAGCUGCUCGUGACGCAGUACGACUAUUUCUUUGAGAAUGGCCCCCUGCCCGAUCUGGCGGACGUCACUGGCAAUACUCCCAUUGCGUCGACCUCCAGUUCGGCUUCGGGCGCACUACACACCCAAGAGGACCAGACCAACAUGUUGCUGCACAAUGUUUCGAAAAUCGAGCGCCUUGCCGAGCGUGAGGCGUCAUCUGCAACACGCACAUCCCGUUUCAUUCCACAGCUGCGGCGGCGUACGCACAGUAAGCGAGGUGCUGUCAGCUCGGAUACUUACUCUGGCGAAAGUGUGUUGGUAAGCGAAAGUCAAAGCUUGAAUCAGAGUCAUAAUGCGACUAUGAGUUUAAGUAACAAAAAUAAAAACAAACACAAACGCAAAUCAUUGCAAUCAUCCAUAAACCUCAACCAAACCAUUACCAAACUCAUUUCUGCACCACACAACAUGCACAAUGCCCUACUCAAGUAUAAUGCUACUAGCACCAAUUCCACCACCAACAACAAAACCAUCACACAAUCCACACCCAAUAUUUGUGUGGCUGCAGCCACACCGGCUUCCAAGCCGCUCAAGCAAUGUGCUUCGGCGAAUCGCCAGCAGCAGCAGCCGCCGCAACAGCAGCAAAUGCAAAAGCAGCAGCUGCAGCAGCGGCGUCGCAAAGCCGUGCCCACUAUUUAUGAUUUUGGGCUAACAUUGCGUGUACAAUUUCAGUCACUGGAUUCCACCAAAUCUGCUACGACAGCGAUGACUACAAGUAGCAGUUCAACAAAUGCUACUACAGCGUCGUCAAGCAGCAGCAGCGUCAUUACCUCCACUCAAAAGACGAAAAAGGAGCGUAGCUUCCUUAUCAAUCACGGCAGUGGCGGUUUUGUGCGUUUGCACCAUAGAAAAGCCAGUCUGGAUGAGAAGGACUCAGGCAGCUGUAGCGGUUCGGGUAGUGGCAGCGGAGGCAGCAUGAGCAAGGAACAACAACGCAGCAGUGUCGAUAUAUCCGUGCUGCUGACAGAUGAUGAGUCGAGCAACAGUCGAAGCGACACGGGUUCCAUGUCUCUCACAACCAUCACAGAUACGCUGGAUUCAAAAUUGCGUAAUCUGCGCAGCGGCUCCGAGUCGAAUGAUGAAAAUGGUUCGCCAGAGUUUCGCAAAAAUCGACGGCACACCCUUGGUCAACCGCUGCAUCUGCAUUCAGAAAACAUUCCCUACGCCGACGAAUCACCUGAGCGUCAUUUUCAUUCCUGCCCUUUGGAUGCACCCAACGUGUUAAUGCUCAGCCGUUCCUGCACCGCCACCAACACAUUGGCCUCGGCGAAAGCGCAUGAGACCAAAGAGCAGCGGGUGGCAGCGGUAUUGUCAGCAUACAAAAGCAACAAACUGCAACAUUCGGCCACUGUGCCCAUAAAUCCUGGCUCGACCACAACCAUCGUGGGUAGCGGCAGCAUACCAUCCACUGCGGCAUCAACACCCACCGCUAUUUUGACGGUAAAAACGACAAGCACACAAGGUGGCAUUGGCGUCGGUGGCAACACAAAUGUUAGCAGCGGUGGUAGUGGUGGAAACUUAGCGCGCAAUUCCUAUUUGGGACGUGGCACACGCUUUUCCAAGCAAGUCUACGAGCAACAGUGUUGCUCGGACGAUGAUUCCGAAGGUUCGACAACAAGUGACCCAAAGGAUUCGCUCAUCAUAGCAUCACCGCCGUUUUUUCUAGAUCGUUACAAUAAGAAACGACGCGAUCAUCGGCUUUUCCGCUCCGCUUCUUUCAAUUGUCGCAAUUAUUCGUCGUCGUCGGGCAGACACAGCAGCAGCGGCGGGCCGCAUCACAACACUGGCGGCUCAGCAUCAGCGUUGACAAAAGAUGAAAAGACUGAUAUGAAUUUAACGAAGAAGCGACAAAUACAAAACAAACAGAAUCGUUCCAUAAAGCGGCGGCACACCGUGGGAGGACCGCACGACUAUGUCGGACCCAAUGGUUGUCCGCCUGCAAAUAGUAACAAUUGCAAUCAUCAUCACACAUGUAAGGUGACCGCAAGUGCAGGUGGCACAACCACCACAACCACAACUGUGCUCCGACGCAUUCCUAUACCAAGCGCUAAUGGCAACAUCAGCAACAACAACAAUAAUAUCAAUACAAAUCUACCGCAAGACAAUGGUAAUGGUGGUGGUGGAGGUGGUGGCGGUGGAGUGGGAAGCGCCGGAAGUGGUAAUAGUGGCAGCAGUGCCGUCAAUGCCGGCGGGGCUACAGUGGCUAUGACGAGUAAUGCGGGAGGCGAGCAUGUAUUAGAAGUUGGCAUACGUAUAAAGAAUAUCAACAGAAGUCGAUAUUAGGAGCGCUAACUAAAUGAGCUAGAGCUUGUGAACUGUUAUGCGCAAAAAUGUGUAAAGUGCAAGCGCAAUGUAGCAAGCGGAAAGAGCAAACUGCAAGAAAAGAGAUAUAAGAAAAAACACCAAUUAGUUAUUAAGUUGAAAAUAUAAAAAGUCAGCAGCGUUCAGUUAUAUGUGUGUGUAAAAAAUAACAAAAAAUUAGAAUUAGCAAAAAAUUUACGUAAGAAAGCAAAAACAACAAACCAAAACAGCAAUGAAAAUGAAAAGCCGAGGAUAUUCAUGCUGUGAGGCACGUACAUUGGAAUUGCACAAAACGUACUGCAUGCAACCUGAACACAUAAUUUAAUUUUGAAACUGUCAGCGCCAUAAGGACAAGCAUUUUUAAGAGUUUUUAAGGUAAACGAAGUAGAAUUUUGUAGAAUUUCAUUUCCGUAUGCAUAUUUUGAAAAGUAUAUUUAAAUUCUUGUAUGCCUACGUACUUCAAAAUUUAUAAACAAAGAAAUUAUUUAUUGGAAAUAUUGCUCAUUUGCUGGACGAAAGUCAGACCCCAAAAAUAAAGAAACCCUUGUUUUUCACCAAGGAAUGCAUCUUUUAUGUUAUAGAAGAAAGUCAUAACAAUGUUUCUAUAAUAUGUAUGACCCAUGAGAAAUAAUUAGUGUUUUCCACUUUGAUUAGCAACUAAAGCUACAAAAAAAUUACUCUCCGGCCAAAGUAAAGAAUUAAAUUGAGGCUUCAUUUAGCUGUAUAUGUUUUUUAGAUUUUGAGUUUCAGACUAAAAACUUAAAGGUCGGGUUUUGAAGAUCUUGCCGUUCGUCCAGCAAACGACUUUAAUAUUUACUAAAAUUUCGUAGGUGGAUAGAUUAUAGAUAGGGAUUAUUUACCUACGCCCAAGAAAACUUUAAAUUUUUUCUUUGUUGCCUUCUUGAUGCUCUUCUGGCUGAAAUUCUGCAGAAAUUGCGCAUUGAUGGACAAGCAACAGAUUGUCAAAAUUUUGUUCAUCACACGACUAAUGGAUGCAGAGUAGCUCAAAUUUUCGAGUAGAACGAAUAGAAAUGUAUCAUGUUGCAAAUUUGCUUCAGCGCUGUAGUAUUGUCGCCUUUAUUAUAUUUACCCUAGUUUACUUUAAAAAUUCAGCUUUGUACAAUAGUCGGUGGGUUAUUCAUUAAAACCAUAGUCGAAUUUAAAAUCAUCUACAACAUUAUUAAAUCAAUUAAAAUUUCGAAUGAAAUAGUGUUUUGAUUAAAUUCGGAACUGAAGACUUGCAAGAUUUAAAAGUUAUUUAUUUUCCUUGUAAAGGAAUAAAAAUGCUGGAUAGGAUUUUUCUGUGCUAAAGUAAAUUCGGUGUAAUUUUCAAAAACAACUUUCCCUUACAACAGUUCCCUUCAUAUCGCAGCAUGAAUGUCCUCCAUG